GAAGGGGAGGGAAGAAGGGGAGGGAAGGGAAACAGCAAAAAACUCUCUCAACCCCUGAAAAAAGGACACUUCACUAAUACUUUUGUCCCAUUGGUGUCCAGAGAGCAAGUUUUUGUAAUCAUUCAUCAUUUUACAUGCAAAGAAACUGUAGUAAAAUCCGGGAAUAUUUCACGCGGCACACGUGCACAAAGAGAGAGGGAGAAGAGCGACAUUGUAUGACGUACGGUUGCCAGUGGAGGUUUCAACACAGAGAGAGAGAGAGAGAGAGAGAGAGAGAGAGGAGAGAAACAUUGUAUGACGUACGGUUGCCAGUGGAG